GCACUCUCCCAAGAAAAAAAAAAAAAAAAAAAACCCUCUCUAGCAAUACACACAAAACUGAGCAUGUGCAGAGGGACUCCACAUGAUAUGUGUUAUCAGGAGAUAAGAGGGGGACACUGUAAGAUGGGGAGAAUCCGUGAAGUCAUGGUCAAACAGCAUUUUUAAACAAUGCAGAGGAUUAACCCCUUAGGUUCCACAGGGAGAAUAACAAGCAUGCUUUACUGCCAGGGGCGGACUGACAACUCAUGGGGCCCCCCGGGCAAUAGGGGAUCAUGGGACCCCUGUGUCCUUGCCCAAACUCAAAAAAGCCUAU